GACGUCACAGGAUUUGGUGGUAUUGUUGUAGCGUGUUGUCAUCUGAGAUGCGACGGAAGUAAUUAUAUGUUGUUAUAUAUAAAAGGUGGAAAAACUGAGAGCUUAAUUAGUCGACUCCUUAGCAAGCAUUGGAUAUGGCGAUGAAGAAUGUUUUGAUAUUUUUAAGCUUAGGAAUUGUCAUUUAUAAAGCUGGUGCAUCCAUCACAAGAACGAAGCGCGGAGUAUUGAAGCCAGUACCCAGCCUAUCAAAUUUUAGAUGGCCUAAUGCUACAGUUCCUUACAUCAUUUGGACUACUGGAAAAUUCAGAGCUUUCUGUCGCAAUAGCUCAUCGUAUUGGUUAAUAAAGAAAGCAAUGAAAGAUAUUGAGGAUGUGAGUUGUAUUCGGUUUAAAGAGUAUUUCAACAUUGGAUCUACUCCAUCCACUGGAUUUUUAUUGAUUCUCAAUGGUGACAUGUGCUACACAUCGCCUGGUUACCUUGGACCAGGUGCGCUGUCGCUUACCUUGAAAGAUUAUAACUCCUCUAGUCCAAAAGAACCUCACUGUAUGCAUCGAGAUGUCAUCACGCAUGAGCUACUGCACGCUCUUGGCUUUCUACACGAACAUCAAAGACUUGACCGGGAUAAGUAUAUACGAAUAAUCGAGGAAAAUAUCAGACCAGAUUCAUUGAAAAAUUUUCAAAUCGCUAACCGUACGGAAUAUCCAACCGCUGACACAUUAGGAGCGGGCUACGACAGAUUAUCCAUCAUGCAAUACGAUGAGUUCUCGUUUUCGAAAAAUGGCAAAAAAACAAUGGUAUGGAGAGCAAAUGAGUCUCUUCCUCUGGGUGGUAAGAAGAUGUCCAAAAUUGACAAACUUCAGUUAAAUACAUUUUACGGUUGUAAGAAAUAUCCAACUUUACCCCCUGUUUUGGCGAAAGAGAAGAGUACAAAAAGAAUUAUGUGGACAAGAAAAAUAAAGAAAGCUUUUAAACCACUUGCAACAGAUAAAAGAAAAGUUAUCUGUCCGUCAAAUUUAUGCAAGAAACAUUCAGGUGUUACACGACAACCUUUGGAACAUGGUGUAUUUGCGAACUGCAUAUUUGGACAUCAUUUUGGCUGCUUCAAAUGCAAACGUGGAAAAUGCAAAUGGUUUCCAAAUAUGAACAUCCCAGAAUAAAGUUGAUUCGAAUGGAUUUUGAUCGUAUAGAGUAAAUGUUUUUGGACCUCCCACUUUCACUAUUACACAUAUAUCGUCCAUGCGAUUGAGAUACUUAAUUUUGUAAAUAUUAACUCUUCUCCCCAGGAAAUAUAAUAUUAAAAAAGAAAAUUUGACUGUAUUAUUACUGCACCAGGGCUAGCGACACGGUUUUUGAAAUGAAGGAGUCACAAAAUGGCACCCACCAUGGUUGGGUGCUGCACAAUAUAUGGACUCUAAAAUUGCCUUACAUUGCUUCAUGUUGGGUGGUUUUUCAUUUAAGCUUACACAAAGAGCAUCGCAUUUUCUUAUUAUUUGCAAAUAACUACGAACUUUAUUUAAAUUUUAACAAAAAGUGGGUAACCAUGACCCCUACCGUCGGCCCCGUAACCUCUUCCCCCAUCGCUGGCGCCGUAGCUCCAGUACAUGGUCUUAUUUCUUUACUUUUC